AUGGCAACUAUCCUAGUUACUGGUGCAAACCGCGGGAUUGGUUAUGCCAUUGUGCAAGCCAUCGCUACCCGCCUCCCUUCAUCCACCAUCGUGCUUGGAUCUCGCAGAAAGGAUGCAGCACAAGAAGCGAUUGAAUCACUAAUUGAUAGUGGAAUCAAAGGUAGACUCGGCUAUGUUGAGUUGGAUAUUGAGAACGACGCUUCUAUCGAAGCAGCCGUGGCAUCUCUGGAGCGAGAAUAUGGGAAACUGGACGUUCUGAUCAACAACGCUGGCAAAGUUGAGCGAAGAUCAUCAGAUAAUCUGGCGGAUAUCCGAGGAGCAUCCAACUCUUGCUACAACAACCUCAUCACCAGCAACGCUGUCGUUACGCAUGCCUUUGGUAAACUGCUAAGAAAGUGCUCCGAGCCAAGAGUCAUCAUGAUCUCGAGUGCUCGCGGCAGUAUGGCCAGAACAAACAACAAAGAGCUCCCUCCUGUUGCCAACAUUGACUAUUGCGUCUCCAAAGUUGGUCUCAAUAUGCUUAUGCUGCACUUGCAGGCCGCGGAGAACCAUAGUAAGAACGGAACCAAUAUUACUUUCUGGGCUGUAAGCCCAGGACACUGCAAGACGGCUUUUAACGGCUACAAGGGCAGGAAAGAUCCCUUAGAAGGUGCCGAGGCAGUGGUGAGGUUGCUUGAGUCGACCCAGGGGGACAUUGAACCUGGGACAUUUUGGGAGUAUGAGAAUGGUAGCUUUCAGCAAGUUCCUUGGUAA